CGAAAAGUAUAUUGUCAGUCAGCGAUCACGUGGCGUUUAACGUGUUAAUGUAAUAGCAGUGACACAGUAGUAAUACUAAAAGAAUUUUCAAUUCUCUGAGAAGCAUUUCGUUGCUUUGGUUUGAUGCCUCGUGACACUCAUCUCGAGUUUGUCGAAUGUGAACGUACUUUCUCGUGAAAAUUUCUGUUUCGCUACAGGCUGGUUGUCUUAAUGGAUUGGUUGCUCGGGGUGCCGAUCUGCAUCUAUUGUUGGAGACUUUUAAAAAGAAGCCUUCUACAAAAUUGCUGGUAAUACUAAGGAUUACCGUUAAAAUGUUUUCUUUUUUCAAAGGUGACUUUGUUUCGACGCGGACCCAAUGCAUACGUAUUGCAUUAUUACAAGACGAAACAACCAGUAGCGGGCCGCUCGAAGGUAAGGGGAGGAAUAAACAGAAAGAGAAUGGGAGCACUGAAAAUUGCAUAAACUGGAUGGUUGACUUGCGUAAACUGGCAUUGGCCCUCGUGGCAACGAGAGUGGGUGAAGCAGGAGUUCUUUUGUGACGACUGGGCGAUUUAAUAUGAAUAUUGGAAAGGAUUGAUGAUCGAUGAGGGAAUUCUUAAUACUUCAAGUAUGAUGAAAUAUGGUACGGAACUGCAAAGAUUCGGGUAUGAAGCGAAAACUACUGGAAAUUAUAGUGGCAAACACGUGCUCCAUGAUCAUUAGGGGAUUGACAAUGGGCCUGUCAACCACCGUUGCACAUACGGUGAAGGAUUAGGCUUAAAAUAUCUUUCGUCGCGUAAUGUGGAGGAUUCAAACGCACCCGCUGCAUCUUCAGCAGGAUACCAGAUUCCACCCUUCGGCAGCUGCCAUACUUUACAACGAGAGGUUCAGCCUCCUCCAAAGGACUUGCUCGCUGAUUGGAUCGACAGCUGGAGCCGGGGGUUCCGGGGCGGUUGGAGGCGGACAGGUUCAACUCUGGCAAUUCCUGCUGGAGCUGCUCUCGGAUUCGUCGAAUUCUACCUGCAUCGCGUGGGAGGGCUCGAACGGGGAGUUCAAACUCACCGAUCCUGACGAGGUCGCGCGCAGAUGGGGCGAACGGAAGAGCAAACCGAACAUGAACUACGACAAACUGUCGCGGGCGCUCAGGUACUAUUAUGACAAGAAUAUAAUGACGAAGGUUCACGGAAAGCGUUACGCUUACAAAUUCGAUUUCCACGGAUUGAUGAUGGCUUGCCAAGCACAGUCUGGCGUGACGUUAGAUUCAUCCCCGACGUCUCGAGGUACAGGCGCAAAUUGUCAUGGUCAUCAUUCCCAUCACACUCAUCACUUGUACCCAACAGGAGCGUCAGGUUCGCAACAUCCAUCGGUAUCCGUACCUUCAUCAGCUCAACCGCCUCAGCCACCACCACCUCCGCAUUAUUGUUGGCCUUAUCAUCGAUAUUCUCCGCCCACGUAACAUAAGAAAUUAGUUACAAUUAUGUUGCGUUUACAACACUGAAAUAAGUCUGAUAUAAUGACACUAGGUUUCCUUUAUAAAAUUUAA